CAACUACUUAAUUUGUGAUCAUCAAUCAAAUUAAUCACCUCCUAAUUACAUUCAUAAAUACACUUGCAAAAAACCCACACUUCCUCCCGAAAUCCCCAAACUUUAACAGACAAACCUACUUCCUCCUAAGAUUACCAAAACAAACCUUUAUUUUACUCAUCCCAACACGUGACAAAACUGGCCCCAUCAAGUAUUACACACGCAUCGACUACCAAACGUCUCCACGUGUCCUCCAAAACUGCAGUUUUUCCAACACUAUUCCUUGGCUUCAUGCGCACCAGUCAUUUGAUUCACUACCAAUUUUCCAUCCCUCAAUUGAAUCCCAGCACUGCCUCUCUCUCCUCUCUUUCUCUCUCUAAAACUAAAACGUCCCCCAAAUUCCCAAAACGAAAUAUAAAGUUAAAAAAAUAAUGGUGAUUGAAUGACUCGAUGUGAGCCAGAGUCACCAGACCCACCCGCCACCGCGUGAAGGGCCGUCUCCCGUCGUUUACCCUGCCCCCUAAAACGACGAGACACGUCACUUCCACCGUAUGAUCCGCCCCCACCCGGCAAAACCAAAAUGUUGGGUCAACCCGCCAUCCAGGCUCUCACAUUCUGGCUCUCAGAGCACCCGUCCAUCGUCGGGUUCCGCUGGUCCCACACCCACUCCUGGGGCUCCACGUGGUCCUUCCUCUUCACCGCCAUCGCCGUCUACAUAAGCCUCUCCAUCCUUCUCCACCUCUUCCUCCUCGCCGUUAACCGGUCGGGUCGACCAGUCCCGCUCGGACCUAUACCCGCAAUCCACAGCCUCGCGAUGGCCCUAAUAUCGUUCACAAUCUUCGCCGGGAUCACCCUCUCCUCCGCCGCCGAAAUUCACGAGACACGGUGGUUCUGGCGGCGGUCCAAAACCCCAUUCCAGUGGCUCCUCUGCUUCCCGCUCGGGACCCGGCCGUCGGGUCGGGUAUUUUUCUGGUCCUACGUGUACUACCUGUCCAGAUUCCCCCACAUGCUCCGCACAUUCUUCACCAUCCUCCGCCGCCGGAAGCUUGUCCCCUUCCAGCUCUUCAACCACUCGAUCCUCACCGUCAUCUCGUUCCUCUGGCUCGAGUUCUCGCAGUCGAUUCAGGUCCUCGCCAUCCUCUGCACAACGCUCGUCUACUCCGUGGUUUACGGGUACAGGUUCUGGACCGCCGUGGGGCUGCCGGGCGCGUGUUUUCCGGUGGUGGUGAACUGCCAGAUUGCGCUGCUGGGUUGCAACGUGGCGUGCCACGUCGGCGUCCUGAUGCUGCAUUUCAUGAAAGGCGGGUGCAACGGGAUUGGCGCGUGGGUGUUCAAUUCGGUCCUCAACGGUGUGAUUCUGUUGGCAUUUUUGAAUUUUUACAUCAGAAUUCAUCUGGGGUUUUUCAAUAAGAAGGGGAAGGGAAGAGGUGUCAGCAGCGGAGCUGGCGGUGGCGAUACGGCGGCCAAGUCCGUUGGAGUUAAGGACAAGGAGCUUUGAUGGUGUAAGAUGCAAUUUUAGGGGGGCGGAAAUUAAAUUUUUGAUGGGAGGGUAGGUUUUUGGAAUUUGUACAUGGUCCACAAAUUAAUACAAUUACGAUGACGGAAAUUUUAUUUUUCUGGUCAAUAAUAUGCUUCGGAAGAAUGAAGUAUUAGGGAAGAAUCUGGAA